CUUCGGUACGGUACUUUGCGGUACUGGCUUACGGCUACGGAGUCAUACUAGUAAUGAAAAUAAACAAUAAAAUAAACACAACCGCGACUAAAUGUGAGAGCUGUUAUUAGGCACCGAACACGGCAGAGAACGUGCUAAUUAUUUCCGUUUGGUGGCGACAAUUGUGCUGUGUUAAAAAAAAACGAGUGAAGAGCAAUUAUUUUCUGAUUAACUGAAAAAACUCGUCUCGAAACAAAUUGGCCCGCUAAUGACACAGUAAACGAUUACGACAAUUCGCGUGCUUGAAUGUUCAUCAACAAUGUGAAAAACUUUGCCCAAUAGUAAGGCUAUCCUGGUUCCCGGUGUUGUGAUAGUUGGGAAUGUUGAUGGAAAGCGUCAAAUCUGACAGCGGAGUGAAAGAACGAAGAAGAAUAGAAAAAACCACGGGAGCGUAGUUGGCUGUGACGGCGCACAGGUGAUGCAGUAAAAACUGCAACGCGUCGGGCAGCUGAUUGUGAAUUGUGUUAAUUCAGCAGUGGCACUUUUGAGUACCAGAAAAAAGCUCCUUUUUCCGCGGAAAGUGCGAGAGCCAUGAAUGAAAGCAAGCAGUAGCAGUAGGUACCGCCGUCACCAGUUGCCAUCGGGCUCUAGGUGUGUGAAAACACAGUGAAAACAGUUGUCCGAAGAGGUGCCUGUCUGCCUCUCCGGAACUGUCACAAUUUUCUUCUCCUCCUGUGAUAAUGGUUCGGAAAACUCGCAUUUCGCUUCGGUUGCCGUAAUCAAGAAGGAAAUCAACUGAAAAUGGUGCAUUCGUUUGUCCAGUAGAGUGGAAAGUGUAAAGUGUACGUGGCAUGAAAGUGGAAUUGGAAGUGUAUUGAAGUAAGGAAAUUCCAGUGUGCAACAAUAGUAACUGUGAUUGCGACCCAUCACAGUAGGCAGCAGCAGCAGCAGAAUCCAAACAGAUCAAUAUUUUUUUUUCAUGUUUUGUCGCAAUGUAAAGCUGCUGGUGCUAGUCGACGGUGCGGUGAAGUAACACGACAAACGACGGGAUAUCGUCACUGGAGUCGAGGCCAGACCGUUCUGCUAAGGAUUACGGUUCGCUGAAUCGUGCUGGCGCCUGGAGGCAAUUAUUCAGACGGCUCGGGCGCGCCAAACGAGAAGGGAGAAAAAAAAAUCUUUUCGGGGAAAUUUCCAUACCCUGGACAUUGGCAUUUCACACGCGUUUAAUGCGAAACAAAGUGAACGGCAGUGAGUGCACCGGUAGUAGCAUUUUAAAUCAACCCAAAACAUGAAACAGCGCCUCCAAACCAACCACCAACCAGUUGCCAUCGUCGCUAAACUUCAAUUUAUUGGAAGAAACGGUGCCUAUCAACUAGAAAUGUAAUGAAAAAAUGUCUGAUAUUCAAGAGGAGAACCGUGUAAGGAAAUCACGUCGGCAACGUCAGCAAAAACAUUAACAGCCUUCCCGAAAUAAAAAACCCCACAUACACCAAGCCGUUUACCGGUCGAUGAGACACGUGAUGAUUGUUCCUUUCUUCACCACCACCACCACCAGAAACACCAACGCCAAAACCCGAUGCCAAUGGCGCUGACUGAGAAUGGCGGUUCUGCAGGUGGUUUUCCACAGUGAAUAACGGCGUGCAACAGUGCCAGUCUUCUUCUUCUUCUACAAUAACAACAACAAUAACAACAUCGUCUCAGUUCGCAUCGGUUCACCGUCCAACGUUACGGUUCCGGAAUCAACCAACCAUCGGUCGACUUUCCUGCUCUAGUAGGUGGAUAUGGCAGACCUAACGAGCGCGAUGACGCCAUCUACCGGCAGCAGUCAAAAACGUUCUCGACUGAAUCUAGAAUCCAAGUGUUCCUCGCUGCGGAAGCAUCUCAGCAAGUCGGCCUCGGAGCUCAGCUGCAACGACUGCGGCGGUUCCGGCGAUUCGCCGCAGUCCUCACCGCAACGGGCACGCAGCGCCGUCGGUUCCACCAUUCCCGGUGUGAUCCAGCGGACGCAUGGUUUCUUCAACACUUUGAGGAAUCGUUGGUCCCGUGGUCGGAGCAAAGAACGGUUACGUGGCUCCAGCGGGCAGGAACUGGAACGACGGGACAGUCAAAGUGACUACGCCGCGGACAACAGUUCCGAACACAGCAGUUCGGUUACACCGCAGACACAAUCGCCUCGGCACCGGGCGCAGACGAUAGGAGACUCUCCGCUGGCCCGAUCGAACGACAGGAAUGCCUCAAUGAGCUCGGAGGGUAACAAUCUGAAACUAACGACCAAAGUAGAUGUUGAACCUAGCACCAGUAGUAACGUAGCGAAUAAACUCAGCGAUGUUCCCACCACAAGCGGAUGCUCACCCGUCCUCGGUGGCGGCGGCGGCGGCAGCAUCAUUGACGACUUACAACGAAGACGAGAGGCUCAGCUACGGCAACAUUCGUUCUUCCAGCUGCGGAUACACCUCAUCAGCGGCCACGGACUGGUCGCAAUGGAUAAAAGCGGCACCAGUGAUCCAUACGUUAAGUUUAAGGUAGGAGGGAGACUGCUGUACAAAUCAAAAACCGUUCACAAGGACCUGAACCCAGUUUGGGACGAAACCUUUGUCGUGCCCGUGGAGGACCCUUUUCAGCCGAUUAACAUCAAAGUUUUCGACUACGAUUGGGGCCUGCAGGAUGACUUCAUGGGAUCGGCCAAGCUACAGUUGACCGCACUGGAACUGAACCGAGCGGAGGAAAUGAGUAUCAAGCUGGAGGAUGCUCAACGUGCCUCGAAGGAUCUCGGAGAAAUCAAGCUCAACGUAACGCUGUGGCCCAAAACCCAGGAGGACAAGGAGCAGUACUUUCAGCGAAAUCCCAAACUGGCAGACGCUUCCCGCCGGCUAAAGUCGCAAAUCUGGAGCUCGGUCGUAACGAUAGUGCUCAUCGAAGCCAAAGGACUCCCACCGGAUGCCGACAAUGGGCUGAACGAUAUUUUCGUUCGAUUCAGAUUAGGCAACGAAAAAUACAAAAGCAAAAACUCCUACCGAGCCCGAUGGCUGGAACAGUUUGAUCUGCACCUGUUCGAUGACGAUCAGUUGCUGGAACUGGUGGUGUGCGGGAAGUACAACACGUUCGGGAAGUGCACCGUCGAUCUGCGAGGUUUGGCCCGAGAAAGCACACACGGCAUGUGGCAACCGCUGGAGGAAUGCACCGGUGAAGUGCAUCUAAUGCUGACCAUCAGUGGGACGACGGCUUCCGAAACCAUAACCGAUCUGACCUCGUACCGGGAGGAUCCCAUCGAAAAGUCGGUACUGCAGAAAAGAUAUGUCUGGCAUCGAUCCUUGCAGAACCUGCGCGACGUCGGUCAUCUGACGGUGAAGGUGUUUGGGGCCACUGGUCUGGCAGCUGCAGAUAUCGGAGGCAAGUCAGAUCCAUUCGUAGUGCUAGAGCUAAUCAACGCUAGAUUGCAAACCCAAACCGAGUAUAAAACGUUAACACCCAAUUGGAACAAAAUCUUCACUUUUAAUGUCAAAGAUAUGACCUCGGUACUGGAACUGACCGUAUUUGACGAAGAUCGAGACCACAAGGUGGAGUUCCUUGGACGGGUGGUGAUUCCGCUGCUGAGGAUACGAAACGGCGAGAAGCGCUGGUACGCACUCAAGGAUAAGAAAAUGUUCAUCCGGGCAAAGGGGAUUCAACCUCAGAUCCUGCUGGAGAUGACGGUGGUGUGGAACAAGCUGCGAGCAGCCCUGCGAGCACUGGAACCGAAGGAGGAAAAGCUCGUCCAGCAGGAGGCGAAAUUCAAACGUCAACUAUUUCUACGGAACGUUACUAGACUGAAAGCCGUGAUUAUGUAUUUUAUAGAAGUAGGACAAUUUGUUCAGAGUUGCUUCGAAUGGGAAUCCCCAGUGCGGUCCUUCAUUGCGCUCGUUCUGUGGAUAUGCGGUUGCAUCUGGUUCGAUAUUUCCACUAUUCCGGCGGCGGCUCUUCUCUUCCUGCUGAAAAAUUGGCUCAUACAAUGGCUGACGGGAACGUCGUCGCAAUCGACAGCGGACGAGUAUGACGUGGCGAGCGACGACGAGGACGAGGACGAUAAGGAAAAGGAGGAAAAGAAAACGAUAAAGGAAAGACUGCAAGCCAUUCAGGAGGUUUCCCAGAGCGUGCAGAACACAAUCGGUUUCCUGGCGUCGCUCGGAGAAAGUGCGAAAAACACUUUCAACUUUUCCGUGCCAGAGCUAAGCUGGCUGACGGCCCUGUUGCUGCUGGUGGCGUGCCUGGUGCUGCACUUUGUGCCAAUCCGGGUGCUCCUGUUGGUGUGGGGCUUAGUGAAAUUCAGCCGUCGACUGAUCCGACCGCACAGUGUUCCCAACAACGAGGUGCUGGACCUGCUGUCUCGUGUUCCGGACGAUGAGGAAAUUAUCAUGUGGCGUGAAUUGCCGCUCCACUCGACCCCGGAAAUGACCCGGCGGGAUCCCCGCAAGAAACACAAAGCCUCGUAAUGCUACCAAACCGCCCUGAAGCGACACUUUAGGGAGCAACUUAGGAAGGUUCUGAAUAUCAACAAAAAGGAUAAUUAAAUCAGCCUUUUCGAUUUGGCAACCCGUACUAUACCAGGCUCUCUGAUUUACGUUCUCAUCAUCUUCUAGAGUUUAAGUCGGACAAAAAAAAAAUGCUUCAGAUUCUUCCAUUUAUCAGUAAAAAAAAAUAAGCAUUCAUUCAUCUUUACCAAUUCUAGUCCAAAUCGAGCGACGGACGUUAAACUAGAAAUGUUACGUUUUUCUUUGUGUUUUCUUCUAAUAAUAUUAUAUGGGAAUCAAGUUGACGUUUUUUCAAAUCAAAUAAAUUUACACGAUCAAUCCGCACGCAAACAUUAACAAUCCAGUCUAUCCAAAACGUUUACAAUUUUAAAUUAAAUUGCUGUUACUGUGAGAAAAACAAAAAAAAACAAAACAUUACAUUUGCUGUUGAUCUACAAUCUACCAAUGAUUUCCUAAUUAGAGUGAAGACCUAAGACUAACACACAGUAAAUGUGGUCGUUCUAAAUUAUACUACUUUUCUAAUUGUUGUUGUCUGUUGGAAUCGAUUUAGCACAUAAGACUAGCUAGGAUCAGAGCUUUAAGCGUUAGCGUUUAAUCGGUUGAAUGAAUUAUUUUAUGUUAAAAACUAUUACUAUUUAGCUAUUAUGUAUUAGCAUUAGGAACACCAUUCCGUUGGUGGUUUCCGGAGAUGUCUCAUCACAUCGCUAUACGGCAGUGCUUUUUGCAGAAAAAAACAACAGUCAAUUCAUAGGCGUUCUCAUUUUUAUAGAAUGUGACCGGAAUCGAGCAUCGCAGCUUUGACCAAACCAAACACUCGCUUGUACAGAAUUUAUUUCCUUCUUCGAGUGAUAUCUUUCCGAGUUCAUAGAAGCUAAUUGCACUUUCUCCAUGAUCCGUCCAAAAGAAGAAAAAAAACACACACACGAGCAUAAUUUCCUUUGUUAGUUACUCAGUAACCGAAUCACUAUUAGAGAAUAGUCAGCUGUAAAUAUAAAGCAAAUUAGAUACAAAUCUCUCACCGAUUUCAUCACACUUUAGACACACUAAAUCGUAAAAAAAGUACAUUCAAUCAAACAAAAAAAAUAGCAUUCAGUAUUCAUCUUUGUUACAAUCACGACAUAAAUGCAAAUAUUUUUAUACACUUUUCUUAUUCUAUCAUUGGAACAAUCAUCAUUCAUUCUGGGUUUGGAUACGAAGACAUUGUGAUUUAGAUUUAGGUAGGGCCUUGCUGGCUCGCCGGAUGGAUGAGGGUAAAUAUUUUUCCAAGUUAAACUAAGUCCGCUAGCAGCAGUUAUUCCAUCUUGAUUCUAAUACUAAUAAUAGAUAGCGAUUCACGAGUAAGAAAAGUUUCAGAACAAAUUCGCAAGCCAUUAGCAGUUUUCCUGGAGAUUCACAAGCCAUCACUUAUGUGGUUUUCGUUUGAGAAAACCGAAACUGACCCAGAGUACAGUUUCAUCAAACAAACAAAGGAACACUUUUUACGAAACUGUGUUGCCACUGAAAAUGACUCGAAUUUCAGUUUACCGAACGUUUAAAACUAGGUUCGAAACUGGCUUCAAACUGCAAACGGUUUGACAGCAGUUAGGAUGCGAACUGGGUUAGGUUUGGUAUCAAACGAAAACGACAUUAUUGAUUACUGAAAUUGUAGGGCUUACUAUUCAGCAAUGCUUACUAAGAUACUGGCAACACUAGAGUAAACACCAGGUAGGAAAUCAACGACAUUGUGUGACAUUUGGUGUGCCGGUUUUAGUUUUACUAGAUUUUUAAAGGUUCCUAAUUCGUAUAAAUAUUCCAAUGCAAGUAGAAUCACAAUUUUAUUCUAGUACAAUCAUAAGACAGGUGAACGUUUGCUGGAGGCACGGGAAGGAAUCUGUUUUUGAAUUUUCCGAAGACAGCUCUGCUCUAAUGACAACUAGUUUUUUUUUAACAAAAUAUCGCAUACCGGACUAUACGAGGUUUCGUCGAAACGUAAGGACCGUUCGCUUAUAAAGGGUGCUUUUCAGGAGGUUUGUUAAUUCAAUAAGGAUUGUUCUUUUGUCUGUAAGUUGUUUUGACAGUGUAAUGUGACGUCUCUACUCAGUAUUGUUUGGCAAAUCAUUGUUAAUAGGUUAUCUCCAGAACAACGCUUCCAAAUCGUGGAAAUUUAUUUUCAAAAUCGUCCGUCUGAAACCACAAUAAAGAACAUAAUUACCAAAUUUUGCGCUAUAUUCACUCUCUUCUUGAACGCCAAGCCAUCGACAAGAAUGAGAAGAUUGCGUACGGAAGAAAAUAUUGCUAUCGUUAAGGUUAGUUGUACCGUUCUCCGUUUUCGUGGCGGAGCGGCAAAAAAAGGGACUGUAGGACUGCAACCAAUUAUCAUAGAGUCCACGGAAAGCCAAGAAAUAUUGUAUUCGAAAUGCAAUUUUCAACCAUCGGCACUUUUGCGCCAUUCACAGUUAAAGUAAAUGUGCCGAAGGCGUUUUCAAUGCCCGGACUCGCUUCCCAGGGGAGGUUCUAUUGAGACUCGCACAAAAUGGAGUCGCUGCAGCAAUUCUUGAGAACAAAAAAAAACAAGCCCAACUUGCAAUGGAAAUACUCGCCGAAUCCCGUAAUACCGAUUCCGAUGCACGCUGCUCGGAGAUAAUCUCACUAUAUUUAGCAAAAGUAGAAAAAACUUACCAAAUGAACCGCUCUCCAACUCGCAUAUGACGUAUAGCGAGUUACAUCCACGGUUUAGGCCAAUGGCUGGUCCGUAAGCCUCUUUUUAGCCCUCCAGAUCACUUUUGGAGACUAAACCACUCGCGGAGCGCGAUCGCGUAACUUCGUUCUAAUUCAGGUUCCACCACAUAAUUGACUCUAACGAAAAUUGCGUAUAGUUCAGAACGAGGCCGACUAUAAGUUUAUCUAAUCGAGCCGACAACUGACUUGCCCAACCUUCUUACUCGACGCCAAGAUGGGCAUGACCCUUGAGCUUUCUUUUGCGCUUCAAAAAAACUUCGUUUCAGCCAUCUUCCCGUAGGGGUAGUACUUACCGUACGACAUACAAUUGACAGUGACUUAAGCUUAAAUCACCGUCAACCCUUAGAGUCGGAUUUCGAUACAUCUAGCUUAUCAAUCCACUUAGCAUCCUAUAGCUUGACGUUACUCCGAGACUUAUGCGCAUAUUUUCUUCGAAUAUUCCGAAACUCAUGUGAAUACUUCCACUGCUAGUUAACGCACAUAGAGCGAACCGCGACAUAACAGUUCGGCUGAAAAGCUCGUAUCGUUUAAUAGAAACACACAUUUUUUUUGCCAAAAUUCGUUUUUAUUAUUCAACAUAAUUGCCAUCAGAGGCAAUACAGCGAUUAUAGCGAUCUUCCAACUUUUCGAUACCAUUUUUGUAGUACGAUUUGUCCUUUGCCUCAAAAAAGGCCUCAGUUUCAGCGAUUACCUCUUCAUUGCUUCUAAAUUUUUUACCAGCGAGCAUUCUCUUGAGGUCUGAAAACAGGAAAAAGUCACUGGGGGCAUAAUCUGGAGUAUACGGUGGAUGAGGGAGCAAUUCGAAACCCAAUUCGUUCAAUUUCAGCAUGGUUUUUAUCGACUUGUGACACGGUGCAUUGUCUUGAUGAAACAAAACUUAUUUCUUCUUCAAAUGAGGCCGUUUUUUUGAAAUUUCGUCCUUCAAACGCUCUAAUAACGCUAUACAAUAGUCACUGUUGAUGGUUUUUCCAUUUUCAAGGUAGUCGAUGAAAAUUAUACCAUGCGAAUCCCAAAAUACAGACGCCAUAACCUUACCGGCCGAUUGUUGAGUCUUUCCACGCUUUGGGUUCGGUUCAUCGCGUGCAGUCCACUCAGCUGACUGUCGAUUGGACUCCGGAGUGAAGUGAUGGAGCCAUGUUUCGUCCAUUAUUAUAUAUCGACGAAAAAAAUAGGUUUUAUUUCGAUAUAACAGCUCCAAACACUGCUCAGAAUCAUCAAUUCGUUGUUGUUUUUGAUCGAUUGUGAGCUCACGCGGCACCCAUUUUGCACAAAGCUUUCUCAUAUCCAAAUAUUCGUGAAUAAUAUGUCCAACACGUUCCUUUGAUAUCUUUAGGGUGUCAGCUAUCUCGAACAACUUCACUUUACGGUCAUUGAAAAUCAUUUUGUGGAUUUUUUUCAAGUUUUCAUCGGUAACAGCCUCUUUUGGACGUCCACUGCGUUCAUCGUCUUCGGUGCUCAUAUGACCAGUACGAAAUUUUGCAAACCACUUACGAAUUGUUGCUUCGCCCGGUGCAGAGUCUGGAUAACACUCAUCAAGCCAUUUCUGGUAUCGGCGGCACUUUUUUUCAUCAAAAAGUAGUGUUUCAUCAACACACGAAAUUCCUUUUUUUCCAUUUUUUUCACAAUAACAAAAGUAGCUUCACUCAAAAUGCAAUAUCUCACAAACUAAUAAUCAGACAGCUGUCAAAUUUAUACACGUAUCUUUUGAAGGUUGGUACUAACUGAAAAUGGUAUGGAUUUAAUUCUAGUGGAGCCCUCUCAUAGAAACGAUACGAACUUUUCAGCCGAUCUGUUAAACAUCCUGCGUGUCAGUCACACGACCUAUUGAGUGAUAUGUUAUGUCGCUGAUAAGUGUGAUUCAGUGAUUGGACAAAAAUGUCAUAUUUUGUUAAAAAAUAGGUAAAAAAUGGGGCAGUCAAAACUGUUAACUGAUGAUGCAAAAAGUUCUUUUGUCGUGAAUACUAUGGUGCGGCUUUUCGAAAUUUAUCCUCUGAGAGUGUGAUCAGUUUUUGAUCGUGAAUAUCUCAUGUUGUAUCUAAAGUAUCAGCAUCAUUUCUGCUACAUGUCAUCUGAAAUAUGAUCAUCAAUUUAUGAUGACAUUUUCAGCUGUGUUACAUAAUCACAAACUACUCAAAAGUAAAAUUUUUUGAAAUGUUCUUUAACAACGAGUAUCAUAGAAAAAAAAAACUUGACGCGUGUUUGCCUUUCUCGUACCCGAGCCGACGGAUUCGAUGUAGUAAGCAACGUUUCAUUUCUACGUUACCUACUGAAGAGGCAUAAAAGGUUAACAAUUGAUAUAAUUCGUUCAUUCUUGUCUGUGCAGUUGACUGAACAGGAAGUAAAGCAAGUAUACCAUUUCGGUUGGUUGAGGUCCACAGCUCAGUUUCAGUUCCAGUAUCGUUAUUCAGUUUCUGAAUAAAAUUUCAGUAUUUAGUUCCAGAUACAGAAUCAUCAAGCAUUCAGUUCUGCUGCGUGACUGCUUUUUGUGUGUAUCGUUCGCUGUGUGAGUUUCACUUCAAACAAGAGCGAUUGUGUCAUCCAGCUGCUAGUCGUUUGCAUUUGAGAAAAAUACAACGCAAAGUGAAAAUAACUAGUUUAGUAAAUGUUUACAGUCUGAUAGAUUUGAAUUGGAAAAAUUGCGCAUACUUUUCUCGUCUUUUUUUGACGUAAAUACGUCUCCCUUCACUAUGGAGCGCUUUUUAAGAGCCUAUCAUAUGGAUGAGUGGUGAAUAUCUUUUGUUCCAUUUAACACAAUUUUCUCUUCAUGUCAUUGAAAAUAUGAUCAGCAAUGUGUGAUAGAAUUUUUCAGUAGUAUGAGAUAACCACAAAUAAUUCUAAUUCGAAUUGCAUUUUUCCUAAAUAUUUCAUAAGUGAAUAAGCUAACAAAUUGAUACUUCAUUCAUUUUAGCCUGCGUAGUUGACAGUUCUGGAUUUCAGAUUAAGAAUUUAAGACCAGAUUUUCGUUUUUCAUUUUCACAAUCCAGAUCUUAACUUCAGUUCCUCGUCGAGAAUCCAAGGCCAGGAUCGAGUUCCAGAAUUCUGAAACUGUAGCUGAAACCGAGUUUUAGAACUUGAUUCUGCGCCUGUAUUCUGGAACUGAGAUCACAGUCUCGAUUCUAGACCUGGGCUCUCGAUUUUGAAACUGACUUCUGGAACUGAAGAUGCGUAUCAGAUCAGAAUUCAGUUUCAAAAUUGCUGUCCGUAGUUCAAAAUUCAGUAUCAGUAGUUUCAGAAUCCUGAAACUGAGUUCUGAACCUGUAGUCCUGGAACUUCAGACCGAAAUCUACGAUUAUAAUUGAGAUUCAAAAUUCAAUUGUAUAUCAAAAAUACACUGCAGAAUCCAUGUUCAGAAUUCAGUGCAGUGCAGUAUUUGAAUUUGGUUCAAGAAUUCAGUUCUACAAUCCAGAAGAAUAAAUGAAAUCAGGAAAUAGAAUCUGCAGAUUUUUGAAGUUCGGAAUCCGAAUUUUAAAACUGAAUCCUGAACCGGAAUUCUGUAGCUAACACUCAGCUGUAGAAUCUAGGUCCAUAGUACAUUACUAGGAUUCAGGUUAAGAAAUCAGUGCCGAGCCAGAAUCCUGGUCUCGAAUUUAGUUCCACAACACAGAUUCAGUAAUCAGUUCAGCAAUCCAGAAUCAAGUUCUAGAACACAGCUUCAGAAUUCAGUUCCAGAAUCGAGCAUCAAAUCUGAGAAUUCAGAUUCAAAAUUCAGUUCCAGUAGUCGGUUUCAAAAUUUAGUUCCAGAAAUCCAGAUCCAAAAUUCAGUCUCUUCAAUAUCAAAGAAACUGAACCAUUCAUUUUAUUCGUAUUCGCGUCAUCCGGUUAUGUCUCUGACAUUACCCACUCGUUUUUUUCGACUUGAGGAAUGUUUAUACAAAAUUUGAACCAAAUUAACAAAAAAAAAUUGUUUAAAUCGACCUUCAAAUGCAAACAGAAUUGUUCAUUUGCUAAAGAUAGCUGAAACCAAAACUGUAAAUAGUGAGUCUUCCGAUGACUUCAUUGAUUCUGUUUAUGAACCCUUCAAUCCACUGCCAUAUUUCAAGUGUGGCAAAUUUUGUUUCAAGUGUGUAAUGAACCCAUUACAUACUAAUAAAACCUCUAAGUGUUCAAAAAGUAGCUCGGAUCAAUUCAAUAUUUUCCAGUUGUUCCAAGUUCCAACUAAUUCCAUGCACGGAAAGACCGAAAUCAGCAUUUUGGCGAAAAAAUUAGUUAAUUUUCUGAUUUUAGUUAGUUAUUUUUUAAGACAAAAAAUCUUACUUUUGCUAAUUUAGUUUUUGUAAUUCUCAUUCCCUUAAUAAUAAUAAAAUAUUUGUUGAAAUGGCUACGCCUCAUUUCCAUUCAACUAAUUUUUUAGUUGAAUUUGAGAAAUAGAACGUUGUUUUCAACCAACAUAAAUGGUUGAACUGGCCUCUGCAAUUUGCAGCUAUAUGGCGCACUGUCACCGCAAAAACGUUAACACCUUAAUGGCAACUAGCCACUAGAUGGCACACUACUACCGAAAAAUUCCACUAAGAGUUUACGUCAUUUUUACAUAUCGGUUUAGAAAUUUAUAUAUGGAUAUAUCGUAACACAUGCGAAAAACAUCAAAACAACUUGCAGGCAGUUUCAACAAGGCUGUCCUUUUUAGCUUUUUAAUGGAUUGUUUUACUUUGACACUUCUCUUGAGUUGUUGGCUAAUAAACUUGUUAAUAAGACCAAUUUCAUUUUUGUUUUCUUCGUACUGUAUCUGCAAUGAUGGUGAUAGAUAAAUAUAAACAAAUUUUCUGAUUUUAAUAACAAAAUUAGUUGUCAAUGAGAAUUUCGUGUUGUAUUGAAAUAUUGCUGGUUUGUGUCCAGGAUAUUCGCCAACUAAACACAUUCUCUGAAAAUAAGAGUUUUUUUCAGCAAAGUAAAUUCUCAAUUUUAACUAAUUUCAUAGUUAUUUUGGAAAUUUUAUUGUUAAAAUCAAGUAAAUCAAAAACAGUAAUACGAAUUAGGCGCAGAGCUAAUAUCGGUCGUUCCGUGUGUGUUCAUCUUUUCAACCUUAUAUUCACGUUUUUCUAGCAACACUACUCAUGUAAUAUUUGUCACUGAUGGAAGUAACCAUAAGUAAAUCACUAUGAAACUGUUCCUGUUAACAGUGUUUUCAAUAAACAUGCUGUAAUCAAAUACCCGCUAAACGAUAGGAAAAUUGCCUCCAGAGUGAACUCUCUCCAGCAAACGAUAACCCCGGCACACCAACUGACAGUGAUCGCACAGUAGGCCAAAAAACAUUAGACAUUAUGGUAGCUAGGAUAAUAACAGAAAACACAAUGCCAUGCACAACAACCGCCUUUUCAGCCUACUCUGUCGUACGCAGUCGAGGCGAGUCAAGUUUGUUUAUCGAUCUUCGAAUCACUUCAAUUCAAUUCACGUCAGUCAGUCAGUUAGUUAGUCAGCAAAAAGUCAAAAGGUGCAAACUUGCAUGUGUAGAAAUUUAUCACUUAACCCGUCGUAGAGCAAUUGAGCGUACAACCGAAUGCUUCCAAUUGAUCAGCAAAUCCAAACAUCAAUUAUUAAUAGCGAAAAGCGAAGAAAAAUCUCGUUGACGAGAAACCUUGUCUGACCGAAGAAACACUUGACCCUGGCAUCGGCAUCACCGACGUCGUCCAUUCCGAUUGGUUAGUUAAUCAUCAAUCAUAAGUUCAACAGCAAUCCGAACGUGGACCCCAAGGCAAGGAAAGUCACUGACAUAUGGAAUAAGUCCACCAUUGGUUGGAGUUAGCAAAUGUUAGCAAGAAGUAAAAAUGCGAUUUUAUUUUAUGGCAGGCCUCAAGCAACUUAAUUUUUUUUUUCAUCAUAAUCGAUUGAGUACCGGAAUCGAACUUAUCAACAUACACAUACACAUUACUAGAUGACCAAUAAACAUCAGAUCGAACACCCCCAUUGACAGGAGAAAGAAGAAGAAGUAUCAGAAGAAUUUAAACCGAUUCCAAGACAUCGCUAGAAACAUUCAGAAAUAUCAGAAUUUAGAUCAAAGAAGAAAAAUAACUCAUUAAAUCAAUAGGUUUGAUCACAUCUUCUCACCUUAUAUUGUUACUAUUGUACUAAGCAUUUAGCAGAUCAUGGUUAUUAACUUUUUAAAAUUUUUCGAAAUAAACAACAACCAAUACAAAUUCGGACAAACGAACGAACAACCCCGUAA